AUGAGCGACGCUAAAGAAGCCAAGGAGCUGAAAGAACGUGAGCCAGGAAUUGGGCCUGGUAGAAGAAAGACAGUGCGCAAGGGCAUGUUUUCAAGAGACUUAAAACUUUUAAUGUAUGGCUUUGGAGAUGUUGCCAACCCUGCUGCUGAUUCAAUUGCUGUCAUGGAUGAUUUGGUCAUUGACUAUAUUACAGAGAUGUGUCAGAAAGCAUCAGGAGUUGCAGAGAAUCGAGGCAAAGUGCGAGUGGAGGAUUUCAAGUUUGUGCUGCGUAAAGAUGCAAAGAAGCUUGCUCGUGUUGAAGAACUAUUGUACAUGAGUGAAGAUAUUCGUAGAGCCAAGCAGCUGUUUGAAGAAAAGGAGAUGGAAGCAGAAGAUGCCGUGUAA